UGAAGAUAUUUUACACUUGCAACAAAGAGGGGGUUCAUAAAUAAUAAUUUUUUUUUAUUAAAUUAACAUAUAUGUGAGUGUAUGAAUCUGUAUUUCUUUCAAGCUCAAAGAACAGAUCUAAUCAUGGAGCCACCUUUUUAUCUCUAAUUUUUCCUUUAAUUUCAUAUUGCCCAUUAGGCCAUUAUACAUAUAUUAGCUUUAUCAUAAUUUAUUCACUUGGGGUCUGUGUAAAGCACCAAUCUUUUGCUGUUUCUUUAAGGAUUCCUCAUCUGGGUGUCUCUCAAAACUAGUGUUCUUCAGUUCUUGAAACUUGAAUGAGUUCAGUAGCUUUUGUUCUUCAGAAAAUAUCAUAAAAAAAAACAGUUCAAGAAAAAUGGGUACAGGGAGAAAAAAGAGAGUGCAUUUUAGCAAGAUCUAUUCAUUCCAAUGUGGGAGAAGAAGGUAUGAUGAUGAUGGUUCUCAAAUAGGGGGUCCUGGGUUCUCAAGAGUGGUUUACUGCAAUGAAACUAGUGGUGUGUCAGAGGGUGGUCAAAGUUAUUAUGCAGAUAAUUAUACGAGGUCAACAAAGUAUACACCAAUGAGUUUCUUCCCCAAAUCAUUGUUUGAACAGUUUAGAAGAGUUGCAAAUUUCUUUUUUCUUGUGACUGCUAUUCUGUCUUUUACAGAGCUUGCUCCUUACUCUGCUGUUAGUGCUGUUCUUCCUUUGAUUGUUGUUAUUGCUGCUUCUAUGAUUAAAGAAGGUAUUGAAGAUUGGCAAAGAAAACAGCAGGAUCAUGAGGUCAACAACCGAAAAGUCAAAGUUCAUCGAGGUGGAGGCGUUUUCGAAUCUAGACAAUGGAAAAAACUAAAGGUAGGAGAUACAGUAAAGGUAGAAAAAGACGAGUUCUUCCCAGCCGAUCUUCUGUUACUUUCAUCAAGCUACGAGGACGCUAUCUGUUACGUCGAAACCAUGAAUUUAGACGGUGAAACAAAUUUAAAGCUAAAACAAUCACUAGAAGCAACUUCAACAAUCAACGAUGAUUCAAGUUUCAGCAACUUCAAAGCUGCAGUUAAAUGCGAAGAUCCGAACGCAAGUUUGUACACAUUUGUUGGAACAAUGGAGUUUCAAGGACAACAAUAUGCACUUUCUCCUCAGCAGCUUCUGUUACGAGGUUCGAAGCUCAGAAACACAGAUUACAUCUACGGUGCGGUGAUCUUCACGGGUCAUGACACGAAAGUGAUCCAAAAUUCUACAGAACCACCUUCGAAAAGAAGUGGAAUCGAAAGAAGAAUGGAUAGUAUCAUCUAUUUCAUGUUCUUCGUCAUGUUUCUAACGGCGUUUCUCGGGUCAGUCUAUUUCGGGAUUGUAACGAAGAACGAUUUAGACGGUGAUCGACAGAAACGAUGGUAUUUGGCUCCCGAUAGAUCAGAUAUCUACUUUGACCCGAAUCGAGCUCCUAUUGCCGCAAUCUAUCAUUUCCUCACGGAUUUAUUGUUGUAUAGCUACUUGAUACCGAUUUCUUUAUAUGUUUCAAUAGAAGUUGUGAAAGUCUUGCAGACGAUUUUCAUCAACAAUGAUAUUCAUAUGUAUUAUGAAGAAGCGGAUAAACCGGCUCACGCUCGAACCUCGAAUUUGACAGAAGAACUUGGUCAAAUCAACACCAUUUUAUCGGACAAAACCGGGACGUUGACUUGUAACUCGAUGGAGUUCAUCAAGUGUUCGAUUGCGGGGACUGCGUAUGGGCGUGGUGUUACGGAAGUUGAAAAAGCUAUGGCUAAACGAAUGGGGUCUCCGUUGAUUGUUAACGGUAGAGAUAAAUAUUUUGAUGACGAUGAUAAUGAUUCUAGUUCAUCUGUUAAAGGGUAUAAUUUUGAAGAUGAGAGAAUCACAAAUGGCUACUGGAUUCAUGAACCGCAUUCGGAUGUGAUUCAGAAGUUUUUUCGGUUAUUGGCGAUAUGUCACACGGCUAUACCUGAUGUGGAUGAAGAAACUGGAAAAGUUACGUAUGAAGCUGAAUCACCCGAUGAGGCUGCGUUUGUUAUCGCAGCAAGAGAACUUGGGUUCGAGUUUUACAAAAGAACACAAACGACCGUUUCUUUUGUAGAGUUAGAUCCGGUUUCCAAGAAACGAGUCGAAAGGACGUAUGAGCUUUUGAACGUUUUGGAGUUCAACAGUGCGCGAAAAAGAAUGUCUGUUAUUGUAAAGAAUGAUGAUGGGAAGCUACUGUUACUAUCGAAAGGUGCUGACAGUGUUAUGUUUGCUAGACUUGCGAAAAAUGGGAGGAAAUUUGAAGAAAAUACGAAAAAACAUGUGAACCAGUACGCGGAUGCGGGUUUAAGGACCUUGAUUCUUGCUUAUCGUGAACUCACCGAUGAAGAAUACGAAGCGUUUAAUGAAAAGUUCACAGAAGCCAAGAAUUCAGUCAGUGCGGAUCGGGAUGAUUUGAUUGAUGAAGCAACGGCGGAAAUUGAAAAGGAUUUGAUACUUCUUGGUGCCACUGCUGUUGAGGACAAACUUCAAAAGGGGGUGCCCGAAUGCAUUGACAAACUUGCUCAAGCAGGAAUCAAGAUUUGGGUUCUUACCGGUGAUAAAAUGGAAACCGCCAUUAAUAUUGGAUUCUCAUGCAGUUUGCUUAGAGAAGGAAUGAAACAGAUUACAAUAAUCUUGGAGUCUCCAGAAAUCAUAGCAGCAGAAAAGGCGGGGGACGAAAACGUAAUUGCCAAGAUUUCAAAAGAAAGUGUUAAGAAGCAAAUAUUAACAGGAAAGGCUCAGCUUAGUGCUUCAACUUCCGAGGCGUUUGCACUCAUCAUUGAUGGAAAAUCUCUAGCAUACGCUUUACGUGACAGCAUUAAAGACACGUUUCUCGAGCUAGCUGUAGGGUGUGCUUCUGUUAUUUGCUGCCGUUCUUCCCCAAAACAGAAAGCACUGGUUACUAGACUUGUUAAAGAGGGAACCGGAAAGACAACUUUAGCUAUUGGUGACGGGGCGAAUGAUGUAGGAAUGCUUCAAGAAGCUGACAUUGGUAUCGGUAUUAGUGGCGUUGAGGGAAUGCAGGCGGUUAUGUCGAGUGAUAUUGCAAUUGCUCAGUUUCGGUUUCUUGAACGCUUGCUUUUGGUGCAUGGACAUUGGUGUUACCGACGGAUUUCUUCAAUGAUAUGCUACUUUUUCUACAAAAAUAUUGUUUUCGGAACCACUAUAUUCUUUUACGAAGCUUAUGCAUCUUUCUCGGGUCAAGCAGCCUAUAACGACUGGUAUUUGUCUCUUUACAACGUUUUCUUCACAUCACUUCCCGCCAUUGCUUUGGGUGUCUUCGACCAAGAUGUAUCUGCACGAUUUUGUCUCAAGUUUCCAUUGCUAUAUCAAGAAGGCGUACAAAACACCCUCUUCCGUUGGCGUCGCAUAUUCGGGUGGAUGCUUAACGGGCUAGCGAGUAGCGUAAUUAUAUUUUUCCUCUGCAUCAGAGCAUUAGACCCAGAAGCAUACAAUAAGAAUGGAAAGACUGCCGGACUGGAAGUCGUUGGGACCACAAUCUACACAUGUGUGGUAUGGGUCGUGAACUGCCAGAUGGCACUCGCGGUCAACUACUUCACCUUAAUCCAACACAUCUUCAUCUGGGGAGGAAUCAUCCUGUGGUACCUCUUCCUCUUGGGCUACGGUGCAAUGCCCGCCACCAUUUCAACGACCGCCUACAAGGUGUUUGUCGAAACGCUUGCACCAGCCCCGUCGUACUGGUUCGUGACCCUGUUCGCGAGCAUUGCUGCUUUGAUCCCGUACUUCUGUUACAAUGCAGUUCAGAUGAGGUUCUUCCCGGCUUACCAUGGCAUGAUUCAGUGGAUCAGACACGAAGGUAAUUGCGAAGAUCCAGAAUAUGUUCAGAUGGUGCGCCAGCGGUCUAUACGAACGACAACGGUUGGGUACACGGCUAGGUCGAUAGCAAGGGACAACACUUUGUAUCCCUUGAACUUGGAACGACAGCCGCCUAAAUGAGUAGGUUUACCAUGAGUGGGAUUUUACUGGGUAUGGUGGUUGUACAGCAGGCAGUAGAAUAUUUUGUCAGUUGUUUUCAGGUCGAAUUUUUAUUCUUUAAUUAUUGAUAUGUGACGACAAGAUGUUCGUCUAUGAAUUUCUAGAGUUUCAGGCUGUGAAUUUUUGUUGUAAAUUAGGGAAUUUGUUUAUAGAUUGAAGAGAAGAAAAUUAUGUUUAAUGAUCUAAAAUUUAUGUUUUUUCUUUGAUU